GCUGCUCCGGAAUCAGAUAACCUCAAAAUUUUGUUGAUAAGUAAUCGUCGUCUGUCUAAUUAUCUUGAAUAGACGCAAAUCAUCAAUUUUGUCAAUAAUUAUUGAUAGGACGAUAAUUUAUGCAAAUGUAAACAACAGACAAGAAUUAAUUUUACUGUAGAGAAAACAAUUUUGCAGUAGUCAUCGCGUUUUUUACAAUGAAAGAAUUUGACAUUCCAGUUCCAUGGGGCUACAUUGCCGCCGUCUCAUCGGGCAACCCCGCCGGUCAGCCCAUUCUAGUCGUGCACGGCAUACAGGACAACGCCGGCUCUUUCGACCGUCUACUCCCCCUGAUGUCCUCCGACUAUUUCUACGUCUGCAUCGAUCUACCUGGCCACGGUCGCUCGUCCCACUAUCCACCCGGUUUGCCACUACAGUUGCUCAACUACGUCACCUGUGUGAAACGGGUCGUUGACCAUCUAAACUGGACACGCUUCUACUACAUUGGACACAGUUUCGGCGCCUAUAUCGGCAUUCACUUCGCUGGCGCUUUCCCGGAGAUGGUGGAGAAACUUGUGCUGUUAGACGCUUUCUAUUCAACUAUUACACACGUCACAAAAACGGCGCAAACUUUCCGCCAGUGUGCGUUGGAUUUUUUGGCGCACGAGCAGCGGCUGAAGAAAGGGGUACCUCCCAUCUACACCUACGACGAAGCUGUUAAAAAAAUCACCUCCAACCGUUACUCUAUACUAGAUGAAGAGUCUGCGAAAAUACUUUUAAAACGUUCCCUAGUGGAAACAGGAACCGGAGGUUAUAAAUUAUCGACGGACCAACGUUUGAAACUUUCUCUCCAGCCGUAUUUCACCACCAAACAACAGAAGAAUUUCCUGGAUCGAAUCUCGUGUCCUGUUUUGACAGUGUUUGCGAACAGUACUUAUGAUUACAGCGAGUCACAGCGUAACACACAUGAGUACCUGUAUCAGAAUGUGAAGAACUAUCGCUUUAAAGUUGUGCAGGGACAACAUGAUGUACAUUUGCAGCAUCCUGAGAGAGUGGCGCCUCUGGUCAAUGAGUUUUUGAUAGAUAGAAAGUGUAAGUUGUGAGCUGAGAUAAGGAAUAGAAUGAAAAUUUAUGAAUGAGGAUGUGAGUAAGAAUUUGAAAACUAUUGUAGAUUGGUUUUAAGAUGUGUGUGAUCCCAUUGGGUGCAUAUAUGUGCAAGUGAACGCUUGGCUAUGCAUGACCAAGCGUGCAGAUGAGAAACAAAAUCUGGAAAGAGCAACAGCAGAGAAAACUUGUCUUUUUUCUCUAGGUGUUACUUUUAAUAUAAAUAAAAAUAUAAAUCUCAGUACCCUUUUAAAUUAUCACUUGAAAAUGGCAUUAGUAGCCGAAACAUGUCGUGACAAAAUAAUUUAAAAGGGUACUGAGAUUUAUAUUUUUAUUUACAAAGAAAACUUAUAAAAGCAUUCAAAAGGCACACCAGUGUUUAAUGCUAAGUCGGGCCUAGGCCACAAACUCAAGUUCUGUCUUAAAUUUGUCAAACUCUUCAAAUAAGGAUGAUAUACGAUUGUUCUAUUCUAUAACAAUAAGAACACUCUCACUGAACGCGUUCACUUUCUGGUUGAAUUCAGUGUUAGUAGGUACAUGCAAGUCACAACGUGUUUUAAUUGCACUUUUCAGAUUUAGUUUUCUGGUUCAUGCAUGUUCUGAUGUACACUUGCACAUACACGCAUUCAAUGUGAUCACACCCUGUGGUUGAAUGGAUAGAAUAGAAUGAUUUUUUUAUUUGAUGAUUUGUCGAAAUUUGGAACGUAAUGUCCACCAUUUAACCACGUCGUUAGCAGAAGAUUAGUUGAUGGAGUUUUUAAAAGUUUCAUAAAUGGGUUUGUGAUGGUUUAUAAAAACUGAUGAAGGUAAUUUAAGUUCGAAUUUAUGUUAUAUUGAUCAAUAAUGAAAUAAUAUCGUUCAAAAAUUUGUAGACCAAUUUUAUACGUCGGAACAUAGUGGAGCUUGGAUCUUCAAGAUUAAGGGCUAGACCAUAUUAAGCGUUUUAAGAGUCGGCAGGGCAGGAAGCUCUCCGAACGGCAGAUUUGCUGGCGCCUGCAAAAACGCCCAAUAUGGUCUGGCCCGUGGAGUGUUUGAUGUGACGCAUGCAUUUGAGUGGUGGAGCACAUAUUCAUGAGAGUGCAUCACCAUAGAAUUAAAUGCAUUACAUUCAACACUCUCAAGCUUUGAGCUAUUUAUUAUUUAUUUAUUUAUUUUUAAGGCUUUUAUCGGCAAAGAGAUCCUUUUGGAUGUUCUGCCUCGCCCUAUUACCCAAUGUCAUUUCCUAUCUACACUCAAGUUUAUAGGUUAUGUAUUGGGUUCUUUAUGUUUUCUCACAUAGCUUGAAGCUAUGUAUCUUCGUCGAUCAAUCAUGUUUCCACCCUAUGUAACGUUGAAAGUUAUUAAUGAAUGAAAAAUGUAAGCUAUGAGGUUAUUUAUUUAGGUAAGGGUUUUGUUAAGUGGGAUGAAAAUUCAUAAAUGCGGUCUUUGAGUUCCAAUUUAUGAAAUGUAGGUCGAUUCAAUUCAAAGUUGUUUAUUUCAUAAAUCUUACAAGCACUUUCGGUGGUACAGCAUAAAAUAAAAAUACACUUUACAACAAAAGUAUGAUAAUGUCAGCACCAUAGAAAUGACAGCAGCUAUACCAAUACAGAGUGAUUCAAAAAGAAUACCACAACUUUGAAAAUCUGUAUUUAAUCAAGGAAACAUAAUAGAAACUUGGGUUGUAAAUCAAAAUGGAGAAUAUUAAAUUAAGUUUUUGCCCACUAGAAAACAAGUUCACAAAUGUUCAAUGUGACCCCCUCCAGACACUCGAGUGAUAUCAAUACGAUAAACGAACUCGUUCCACACCCUCAGUCGCAUAUCGGGCGUAACAGUUUGUAUAGCUGCUGUUAUUUCUUGUUUGAGCUGCUCAAUGUUAACUGGUAGAGGCGGUCGAUACACCUUAUCUUCAACUUAACCCCAUAAAAAAAUCUCAGGGGGUGAGGUCAGGGCUUCUUGGAGGCCAGUGAUGAAGUGCUCUGUUUCGAGCUGUUUAGCAGCCGAUCCAUUGCCUCGGAUAGUUUUCAUACAAAUAGGCACGGACAGAUGAGUGCCAAUGGGACUAAAUAAGCAACUAAACAAACUUCAGAGCUUCCUCAAAUCUAUGACUGAUAGUGAUUUACUCUCCGUUUAUUUUUUGCAGAGUUAUCAAUUUUCAAAGUUGUGGUAUUCUUUUUGAAUCACGGUGUAUAAUAAGAAAUAUAUACUCUCGCAGAGGCAUUACUGCCUGUGUGCGAGAAUUUAUAAACUUGAAUAGAGUUUUUAUUGAUUUUGAAAGUGUAGGUUAUGAGCUGGAUGUUAUUGAAAAUUGAUUUGAAUAGUCUUGAAUGAAGAUCAUGAGCUCGAUUGUUCGAUAUUUUGAUUAAUCUACAAUUUGAAUACAGUAGUUCAAAUUCAGAAGAUUUAUAAUUCGAGUGAUAUAAAUUGUAUUGGAGUAAGAAUAAGAUUCUUUUAAAUUAUUGAAGGAUGUUGGCAGAUAAACUGGAAGUGGUUAAUCUUGGGGAUACCACUUCCAUUUUAUAUUUCAAUACCUUUCUCACUUUCUCCAAGGUCGCGCUGAUAAGCUCUCGAUUAACGUCCUGCGCACAGGGACAAUAAUGACGUCCAGUAGAACUGGCCACUAGUGGUGGCUAGUAAAAUACCUUCUACUGUCCCUGUGUAGUGGCGUUUACCACUAAAGGCGGCCUCUAGUGGUCGUCUUUAUUGACCUGUGUGCCGUAGGCUUUAGAUAAGUUAAGAUUCAUAAGCUUGUAACUCCUGUUGUAAGGUUGACAACAUCAAGUGCAGACUUCUCUAUAUAUCAUUUAUGCGUCCAAAAGUCGCUCCCUCUGGUUCGGAACCCACUCGAAACUGUAGGUUUACCAGAGCUAUUUGAAUGAAUUGAAUUCAGUGUUCAUCACUGUUGUCCCUGUGUGCCGGAGGCUUUAGAUAAGUUGAGAUGCAUAACCUUGUAACUCCUGUUGUAAGGGUGACCACAUCAAGUGCAGACUUCUCUAUAUAUUUAUGAGUCCAAAAGUCGCUUCCCAACUUUUAAAACUGGAAACUGUAGGUUUACCAAAGCUAAAUGGAUUCGAUGCACAAUAUUAUUUAUCAUAUUAAUAAAUACAAUUACGAGUAUCUGUUCUAUAUUCUAUUCAUUUUUUGUGUAGUUGAUAAGUUGAUAUUGUGGUAAUUAUUCAUAUUGAAUGAAAAAGACUAAGAAAUUGUCAAAAAAACCACAGAUUUAUUGAUACUUAGAAAUAUUCAAUAUAUCUAUGUUUAUAUAUAAUAUGUUUCAAUAUUCUAUUCAUAUUCUGCAUAUCUUAAGAUCACAAUCCUUUUCUUUACCUACGCACAAGCCUGAAUGAAGUUCAUGUGGACAUCACGCUCAACAAAAAAAGAUUCUCUUCGAUUUAUGUAAUUAUUCUACUUUCUUAUUCAACAUCUUCAGAAUUGUUAUUUAUUUGCAUUAAUCUGCUGAUCUACACAACCAUAUAAAUUCAGAAUAUGUUGUACAACCAGAGAAAACUUCCAUACUGCUAUACUAGAUUUUUUAUUCCGUGAUAUAACACUUUGAUCAAAUCUUCAGUACCUUCUAUUCAUCUAAUAUGGUAGCAUGUUAGCAUGCAUAGGUCUAUGUGUCACCUAAAAAUGACAUCUACCACGAUAUUUGAAAACUAUUUUAUGAAACUUUAGUAUGGUAAUGAACAAACCAAACUAUGUUAAUUGAAUACAUUCCAUAUUUUUUAUUAGGCGGAUAGAAUAUUAUUCAGAUAAUAUAAGGUGUAUUGUAAAUUAUUCAGAUACAAGAUAUUACAUAGAAUAAUUAUUUAUUUAUUUGAGAUACAUAAGAGAGCACAAGGAUAAUAUCCCAUAAUUGCUCUCUUAACACAUAAUACAAGUAGACCAAUUAAAAAUGCAAUGUUUUAUACAAAUAUUGAAAGAAAUGAAAAGUCUUUAAAAAGUCUCAUUAUAUAGAUACAAUGUAUGAAAUUAUAUUUUAUGUUAUAUAAAAAUAUUCUUUAUAAAUAGAGGACAUGUAUUGAGGAUAAUCAACUAUGUUUAUUACUCUUAAAUAUCGAUUUGAAUGAUAUAUUUGCAUAUUUAGUAAAAACUUGAGCUUCAGCAGAGAUUAAGGCCGUAUUUAUAAACGAUAUUUCAAGCUUCCUUAGCCAAUCACAUUCCUGUUAAUCAAUCAACAAUAUUCCAGUAGCGUGUUUGCCGAUUACCUUCAUGCAGUUAUAUUAUUAUUUUCCACUAAAAGCAACCUAUAAGGUUACAUUUUUAUUCAACCAUGACAAAUUCUUAAAAUAGUUCUUAGUACGACCUCAAGUUAUUUAUAUUUUGUUGUAUUUUUUAAAUGUUUAUUAUAUAUAUUAUUUAGAUACACUUUAUACAAAUAAAAAAAUUAUAACGGUGGUGUGGCUGUGAACGGAACAUUCUAUUGGGUAUAUUAUUUAAAAAAAUUAUUGUUAUAAUAAUGACUUUGUUUAGUAUUUUCCCCAUAAUAUUAUUCAUAUUUAUAUUGUUUAUUCUUUACAAUAUUGUAAUGUUUUUAUCUAGUAAAUAAAUAUGAAUAAUGUUGGUAAUAUAUGAAAACGCUUGUCAAUAAAGUACUUUACAAAAUUAA